AACCAACUCUCUCUCUCGGAGUCCUGGUCGUCUUGGUUGGGGGACUUGUUCUAAUUAGCUGCUAGAGACGCCCCAAGAGUCGGCAGAGACACAAGGCAAAAGAAGAGGCAAAUGGGUUUCUUCUCCUUCCUCGGCAGAGUCCUCUUCGCCUCCAUAUUUAUCCUCUCUGCUUGGCAGAUGUACAAUGAAUUUGGCGAUGAUGGUGGCCCUGCUGCAAAGGAGUUGAUUCCCAAAGUCGCUCUUGUUGAGAAACAUCUAUCCUCUACCUUGGGAAUAAAGCUGCCAACUAUUGAUGCUAGACAUUUGGCUGCAGCUAGUGUUUUUCAGAAAGGAAUUGGAGGCAUCUUAUUUGUGUUUGGCAGCUCUCUGGGCGCUUAUCUCCUGCUUCUUCACCUGGCACUUUUUACCCCUCUUCUUUACGACUUCUACAACUACAGUAGAGAACAGCCAGAAUACUUUGCACUCUUAAACGACUUCUUGCUGAACUUUGCCCUUUUUGGUGCAUUGCUCUACUUCCUAGGCAUGAAGAAUCUGAUUCCAAGGAGGCAACUCAAGAAGAAGGCGCCCAAGGCAAAAGCAGCUUAGAUGUUCUUGAGAAGCAACGAUUGAAUGUCGGAUUCUUCUUGCAUGUGUCCAAAAAUUUUAAGGUUAAGGAUGUCAAGUGUCCACUGCCCAGAAUUAUGUGGAAAUUGUAUCAAGCUUUCCAUCAGAAAAUUAGAUUGUAAUUUUCUGGUUUUAGGAAUGGCUACAUUGCUAGUUUGUUGCUGCACGGUGGGAUUGUUAUUUUUUUAGAAAAAACUAAAGAAUAGAUUGAAUACAUAAAUCUUGUACUAGGGCCACUCUGGGCGACAAUGCUGAUCAAUUUCAUAAUUUUGCGGAUCUUUUGUUGAACAUCCUUAUAUUUAUAUUUCAGUUUGUAUGA